CGUUAGUAGAGUUAUCUGAAAACUGAAUACUGAAUAGUUAUAAUAAUUAUUAUCUGGAUUCGUAUCGUGUAGUUUAUUUUGUAUGUUCGUAUUAAAUUAAAGUUAUUAAAUAAAAGUAUGAUGAAUUUCAAUAAAUUCAUAAUUUUUUACAUCCAAUUGUUAUUUUUUAUAUCAUUUGAAUACAACAAUUAUGUAGUAAAUGCUGUUGCACAUAGUUCUGAAGGUGAAACAUGUUAUUCAUACGCCGGUGGAACUGUUUAUCCACAAGAAACUGACCCGGCAAGAACUGAUCAUAAAUUACAAUGGACUAAAGCAGUUAUUUCAAGACCAGCGCCUGCCUGGGAAGCAACAGCUGUUAUAAAUGGAGAAUUCAAACAAUUGAAACUAUCUGAUUUCUUGGGAAAAUAUUUAGUGUUCUUCUUUUAUCCAUUAGAUUUUACAUUUGUGUGUCCAACAGAAAUAUUAGCGUUUAGUGAUCGUUUACAUGAAUUUGAAGCAAUCAACACAACUGUCGUGGCAUGUUCAGUUGACUCACAUUUCACACAUUUAGCUUGGAUGAAUACACCACGUGAAGAAGGUGGUCUAGGACAUGUCAAAAUACCAAUCAUAUCAGAUUUAAGUCACAAAAUAUCACAAUCGUAUGGAGUUUAUUUAGAUGACUUGGGACAUACAUUACGCGGUUUAUUUAUCAUUGAUAAUCGUGGUAUUUUACGACAAAUUACUAUGAACGACUUGCCUGUUGGACGAAGUGUGGAUGAGACAUUGCGAUUGGUACAAGCUUUUCAAUAUACUGAUAAGCAUGGUGAAGUGUGUCCAGCUGGCUGGAAACCAGGACAGGAUACGAUAAUACCAAAUCCAAUUGAGAAAAAGAAAUAUUUUGAAAAACAUUAAAAUAAAGAAGACUGAACAAGUGAACAAGUAGAUUAUGAUUAUAGACGGUAGAAUAACGAAUGCUCUCAAUAUCUAUUGAACAAAAUCAUAUGAAAUGACAUUUUACAAUACAGUACAUUUAAUAAUUAAUUUUAAUGUUUGUAAAUAAUUCAACAGUAAAGCAGUAAUAGAUAAAUUAACCCUUAGUUCUUUUUUCUCAGUUUUUAUUACUACAAUUUAUUUUUAGAAAUAUAGUGGUAUGGUGCUAUGCAAUACGUUGAGUUGAAUUCUAUUACUGCUUUUUUUUUUACAAAAUGUAUAAUAUAUGUAACGUAUGUCUUUUGUACGUAUUCGUACACGUAAUAAAACAAUAUUUUUAUUAAGUGUUUA